GUUCACACUGUCUCGAUCAACUGUCUGGAAUGCAUGACAGAAUUUCUGCUAUUUGAAUAGGAUAUCUCCUAAUGGGAGUUUAACAAAAGAUGAAUAACAUCGGCUAUCAACUUCUAGAUAAUAAACUUAAUGGCUUUUGUGAUGAUCCACUUUGGGACAUAGGUUUGACCUGGUACAACACAUGGCCAGAGUUCACUAAGUGUUUCCAGUCAACCGUCCUCGUUUGGAUACCCUGUGGAUGGCUGUGGCUCACCGCACCCUUCUAUAUUUGGUACCUGGCCAGUUCCAGUAGGAUCCAAUCUGGCCAUAUCUUUAGUAAACUGUUUAUUUUUAAACUGGUAAUCUUGUUUGCUCUACUAAUUCUAACAAUUAUCAACCUACUGAAUGUUAUCAGUAAGAAAGGAAUUACUUCACCAGACAGAUUAUUAAAAGCUGAUGUUUUUGACCAAGCUACACUCAUUUUAACUUUGUUUCUAGCAUUUGCUUAUACAAUAGCAGAAAGAAUAAAGCGCUUUGUAACAUCAGGGAUCUUGUUCAUAUUUUGGCUCUUGCUGCUACUCACGAACAUUGUUCACUUCUACACCUACAUAAAGCUAGAGGUGUAUGCAACAGAUUUGUUUGUUUUCUCAACAUUUUACGUCCAGUUCUUCUGCUAUAUAAUGGAAUUUCUAUUACAUUUUUUUGCUGAAAAAAGUAAAAUACAUUUUAUUAACAAAAAUAGGAAACCAAGUCCUGAAAACAAUGCUUCAUUUCCAUCUCGAUUCACUUUCUGGUGGAUGCAAAGUAUCAUGAAGCAAGGCUACAAGCAGCCCCUGACAGAGAAGGUGAUGCCUGAUCUUGCCCCUAGGGACAAAUGUCAAACCAUUCUGCCAAGAUUUUUAAAUCGAUGGACCCCAGCAUUAGAGGCAGCUCAAAGAAAAUCAAAGAGAAAGAGAAAGCUUGGAGAUGAGCAUCCUCCCAUGUCAUCCAGUCAAAGAAUAGAUGGUAAAGUCAAAAAACUGAAAGAAGGGCCUUCACUUGUUUCAGUUUUGUUCAAAACUUUCUGGGCAGAAUAUUUUCUUAGUCAGAUCUGGAAGUUGUUUCACGAUGUGUUGCUACUGUGUAAUCCCCUUCUCUUAGGGUUUCUCGUAGACUUUGUACAAAACAAGGAAUCUGAACCAUGGCAUGGUUUCCUCCUGGCUGUGACUUUGUUCUUGUCCAUGUGCAUGCAGUCAAUCCUGUUUAACCAGAUGUAUCACCAGUCUACCUCUCUUGGACUGAGAAUCAGGGCUUCCAUCAUAUCUUCAGUGUUUAGGAAAUCAUUGACCAUGGACAACGUGGCAAGGAAAGAAUCAACUGUGGGUGAGGUGGUCAACCUGAUGUCUGUGGAUGCUGGCCACAUUGAAAGUCUGAUGAGUUAUGCCUGGGCCAUGUGGUCAAGUCCAUUACAGAUUGUUGUAUCCAUAUAUCUUCUAUACAUCAUUAUAGGUAUAUCCAUUUUUGUUGGUGCUGGCUUUUUGGUGCUUCUUAUCCCUAUCAAUGGGUUUAUCUCAGCCCAACUGGGCAAAUUACAGAUUAAGCUGAUGGCUCAUAAGGAUGAGAGGAUAAAAAUUAUGAAUGAACUUCUUAGUGGGAUCAAGAUAGUGAAAUUAUUUGCAUGGGAGAAAAGUUUUGAAAGGAGAAUACUUGAAGUCCGUGAUAAGGAACUGCAGAAACUACGUCGUUUUUCCCUCUUAGGGUGUAGCUUAUCUUUUUCAUGGUCUGUUGCACCAUUCUUGGUCUCCCUACUGACCUUCCUGAGUUAUGUGUACCUGUCUAGUGACCACUACCUGAACCCUAAAACAGCUUUUGUUGCUAUUUCACUUUUGGACAUCUUGCGCUAUGCUAUUACCUUUGCCCCUAUGAUUGUUACAGAUAUAAUAAAGGCUGUUACCUCAGCUAAGCGAAUAGAGAAGUUUCUUUGUCAUGAUGAUCUGGAUAAAGGAAAUGUUCAUCACACAGAUCAGUUAGACCAUGUCGUCCACAUAGAGAGGGGUACAUUCAGAUGGAGUUCUGAGUUUGGGAUCACUUUAAAAAACAUCAACAUGAGUGUGGAUGAAGGCAAGUUAGUGGCUGUAGUUGGCACUGUGGGCAGUGGCAAGUCUUCCUUGUUGUCUGCUUUACUGGGAGAGAUGCAGAUAAUAGAAGGAAGGGUCAACAUCAAGGGUAGUUUGGCUUAUGUUUCACAGCAGGCAUGGAUACAGAACGACACAUUGAAAAACAACAUCUUGUUUGGGAGACCACUGGACCAGAAAUUGUAUGACAAGUGUCUCAAUGCCUGUGCUCUGAGACCAGACCUGAACAUCCUGCCUGCUGGGGAUUUGACGGAGAUUGGUGAAAAGGGUAUCAACCUCUCAGGGGGUCAGAAGCAGCGUGUGGCGCUAGCCCGGGCUGUGUACUCCCAGUCAGACAUCUACCUGCUGGAUGACCCUCUCAGUGCUGUGGACUCUCAUGUUGGUCAGCACAUCUUUGAUCAAGUCAUCAGCGAGGCUGGGCUCUUAAAAAGGAAGGCAAGAAUCUUGGUGACCCAUGGAAUCCAGUUUCUUCCUCGUACUGACCAUAUCAUUGUAAUGACUGGAGGUCAAAUCUCUGAAGCUGGACACUUCAAGGACUUGAUGACACACAAUGGGCCAUUCGCUAAGUUGAUAACACUCCUUACCCAGAAAGUUGAUCAAGAUGAUACUACAAGUAAAGAAUUAAAGGAACUCCAAGAAAUAUUCCUAAAACAGAUGUCUGAAGCGAAAAAUGAAAAUAAAGGAACAGCCAUUGAUAUUUUAAGAAAGAUAUCUUCUACCAUAACACAGAUCUCAGAGAAAAAGGAGAUUUUGAGUGAAGAAAGGAAGCUUCAACAAAGUCAACAAGAUACUCUGGUUGAAGAAGAAAUGGUGGCCACUGGAAAUGUCAGAUUAGGAGUGUAUAAACAGUAUGCAAAGUCCAUAGGAUUCUUCUACCUCAGCCUGAUCAUUUUGUUCCAUGCUGGCUACACAGCCUUUAGUAUGGGCUCUUCUGUUUAUUUAAGUAUCUGGACUGAUGAUACCAACCUCGGCAACUUCACCAAAUGGCCAAGUAACAGCACACAGAGGAUGGAUCAAAAUAAUUUCUACAUUGGAAUUUAUGGGAUCUUUGGCAUUCUUCAAACCUUGUUUGUGAUGGGUUACUCACUGACUGAGAGCUUCCGCAGCAUCCACGCUUCAAGGAAACUUCACAGCUCCAUGCUACAGUGCAUCUUACACGCCCCCAUGUCUUUCUUUGAUACCACACCAGUCGGGCGCAUCAUCAACCGUUUCUCUAAAGACAUGGACGAUGUGGAUGAGCAGAUUCCCAUGACAUUCCACUACUCGAUUGAGUGUGGUUUAGUCGUCCUGUCAUCUGUGAUUAUUAUCUCAUAUAGCACGCCAAUAUUUCUACCAUUCCUCUUGCCCCUGGCUGUUUUCUAUUUCUUUAUUCAGAGGUUUUUUAUAACCACCUCCCGUCAACUGAAGCGACUAGGAGCCAAAACUACCUCUCCCAUCUUUAACCAUUUCAGUGAGACCCUGACUGGUGCUAGCGUUAUCCGAGCAUUCGGAGCGGAGAAAAGAUUUGUACAAGAGGCUGAUAGCAAGGUGGACUUGAAUCAGAUCUUCAUGUUCAUAACUUACAGUAGUGAUAGAUGGCUUGGUGUACGUCUAGAGUUUGUGGGCAAUGUGGUGACAUUCGCCGCUGCCACUAUAGCUGUGGCCACCAGGGAUGUGAUUAGUGGCGGUAUCAUGGGACUCUCCAUCACUUAUGCAUUUCAAGUGACGGGAAACCUAAAUUGGUUGGUCAGAAUGACAAGUGACCUUGAGUCUCAUGUUGUAUCAGUAGAGAGGAUAAUACAGUAUACAGAACUUGACUCUGAGGCAGCCUGGGAUAAUUUCAUGUACAAAAGUCCUGUUGGCUGGCCAACUACUGGACACGUCAAGAUUGAAAAUCUGAGUCUGCGCUAUAGGGAUGGCCUUGACUUUGUCUUGAAGUCGGUUAGCUUUGAAGUAAAUGCUCAGGAAAAGGUUGGUAUAGUGGGUCGCACAGGGGCAGGCAAAUCUUCACUCACACAGGCACUGUUCAGGCUAGUGGAGCCUGCUGGUGGAAAGAUUAUUAUUGAUGAGAUAGACAUCAGCCAGCUAGGUCUACAUGACCUGAGGUCAAAGAUCACAAUACUACCCCAGGACCCUGUGAUAUUUGAAGGGACUCUAAGAACCAACUUGGACCCAUUCAGUGAAUUUGGGGAAGAUGCUCUGUGGGUGGCGCUGGAACACGCACACCUGAAAUCUUUUGUUGAAAGUCUGGCGGAUAAGUUGGAUCAUCAGUGUGGUGAAGGUGGAGAAAAUCUGAGUGUUGGACAGAGACAACUGCUAUGCCUGGGCAGGGCUUUGCUGCGCAAGACAAAAAUUCUGAUACUGGACGAGGCAACAGCAGCUGUAGACAUGGAGACAGAUGAGCUGAUUCAGACCACCAUUAGACAAGAGUUCCAGAACUGUACCAUCCUGACCAUAGCUCACCGACUCAACACCAUCAUGGAUUACAACAGGAUUCUUGUGUUAGACAAGGGGGAGGUGAAAGAAUAUGAUACACCACAAAACUUACUGAAGAAUACUGAUGGCAUUUUCUACAGCAUGGCUAAAACAGCAGGCUUGGUAUCUUAGAGCCACAAGACUGUCAAUGUAUAUAAGAUGAUGUAUGUAAACGUGGCACACAUGACUGUUAGCCAUCUUUGAUAACCUGGUUAUUUCACUACAUGUUGGUCAUAGUUGAUAACUUGGUUAUUUUAUCAUUGUUGAUGACCUGGUUAUAUAGUCAUUGUUGAUAACCUCGUUAUAUAGUGAUAACCUGGUUAUAUAGACAUUGUUGAUAACCUGGUUAUAUAGUCAUUGUUGAUAACCUGGUUAUAUAGUCAUUGUUGAUA